CCACGAUUUGUGCCACGUUGUGGUGUCAUCACCGUCUGCCUCUCACUUCACGCUUGUCGAGCAGUCGUCGAUUGUUAAUAGGGGAAGUGAGUUAUAUUAAAAAAUUAAGAUGAAUCUUCUUUCGGCUUUUUGUUUAAUUGCAACGGCUGCAUCUCUGGGCUGGGCCAGUGAAGAAAUUAAGAGCGACGAAGGCGUCCUAGUGCUCACCAAAUCCAACUUCAAACAGGCCAUCACCGACAACGAAUUCAUCCUUGUAGAGUUUUAUGCCCCAUGGUGUGGACAUUGCAAGGCGUUAGCCCCCGAAUAUGUAAAGGCAGCGAAAGCGCUCGCCGACCAAGACUCUAAAAUUAAACUCGGCAAAGUUGACGCCACUGAAGAAACCGAACUUGCUGAAGAACACCAAGUUAGAGGUUACCCAACGUUGAAGUUCUUCAGAAACGGAAGUCCCAUUGACUACAACGGUGGCAGACAAGCCGAUGAUAUUGUCGCCUGGCUUUUGAAAAAAACUGGACCACCAGCGAAAGAAAUCAAAACUGUCGAAGAAGCCAAGGAGUUUAUUGAUGCCAGCAAUGUUGCUGUUAUUGGAUUUUUCAAAGAUCAGACGACUGAUAAGGCAAAGGCCUUCCUGGCGGCAGCCGCCACCAUCGACGAUUAUCCCUUCGGAAUCACCUCUGAAGACAGCGUCUACAAGGAGUACGAAGCCGAAUGCGGAUCCAUUGUUUUGUUCAAAAAGUUCGAUGAAGGAAAAGUUCUUUUCGAAGGCGAAGCCACUGAGAAGAACAUCAAGAAAUUCGUCGCUGGUAACUCAUUGCCCCUCAUCGUCGAAUUCAACCAUGAAACAGCCCAGAAGAUCUUCGGUGGCGACAUCAAGAGCCACCUUUUGUUGUUCUUGAACAAGGGCGAAGACCACUUCGAGAAGGUGUCCGAGGCUGCAAGAGCCGUCGCCAAGCCCUUCAAGGAACAAGUUUUGUUCGUCACAAUCGACGCCGGCGAAGAAGACCACCAAAGAAUCUUGGAAUUCUUCGGAAUGAAGAAAGAGGAAGUCCCGGCGGCGCGUCUCAUCAAGCUUGAGGAAGACAUGGCCAAGUACAAGCCAGAAACCGAUGAAUUAUCCUCUGAAAGUAUCAAGAAAUUCGUCGAAGAUUUCCUCGCCGGUAAACUCAAACAGCAUUUGCUCAGUCAAGAUCUUCCAGAAGAUUGGGAUAAGGAGGCGGUUAAGGUUCUAGUCGCCACCAACUUCGACAGUGUGGUAUUUGACGCCGACAAGGACGUUUUGGUCGAGUUCUACGCCCCGUGGUGCGGCCACUGCAAGCAGUUGGCCCCCAUUUACGACAAAGUGGGCGAGCACUUCAAAGAUGACAAGAGCGUGGUCGUGGCGAAGAUCGAUGCCACCGCUAACGAACUCGAACAUACCAAAAUUACGAGCUUCCCUACAUUGAAAUUCUAUCCCAAAGGUGGGAACAACGUUAUUGAAUAUAACGGUCCAAGAACAUUCGAAGGUUUAGUUAAAUUUAUCGAGUCCGGUGGUGUUGACGGUGCCGGUGUUGACGAGCCCGUCGAAGAGGAAACUGAAGAUGACGACUCACCCAGAAAAGAUGAGUUGUAAAUUAUUAGGUACUUAGUUUUGUUACUAACAUUCUAAAUUACUCAUUUUGUAUAUCAAAAAAUUCGCGGCGAUUUUGGCUCUCGGUUUUGUAGGUACCUAUUUGAACUUCCCAAAUGUUUUAUUUGCGCCUCCAUUUACGGAGGAUUUGUGAGACUGGUUGUGCAAUUGAUAUCUGCCUGACAUUAACGAGCAAGUUCUUUAUUAACAUUCCUGUCUUCUCUAUAUUCUCUUAAAUUGUUUAUAAUUGCUAUUUCGUGUAUUUAUUUUUUAUUCAUUUCAUAGAUGAUAUUUUUCUACUGAUUAUUGUGUCGUAGCGAUUUAGGUUGAGCACAAAUGGCAGAUUGUGUUGUGUGUUUGUGUGACUGUAUAUUUUUUAACAUUAAAGAAUUGUAAACUAAGAUAUUUUUUGUGAAUUACUGUAAGACGAAGCUGAAACAAAUAAAUGAAAUUGUAUGUAAAA